AUGUUUUCACAGUUAGAAACUUCGCAACGGCAUCUAGAUACAGAGUAUACAGCUCAACUUGAAAUUUUGCCACGAGAUUCGGACGCUGUUUAUACAUCUCAACAUAUUUUAUUAGAUUCUGAUGUUUUGGAUCUUGAAAUUCCAUCUUAA